CGGCAGGACUGGGUUUGAUGAUGGGCACAAGAUAGCAAGAAAAAAAGAAGAAGAGGUACUUAUAUUUGCCAGUGGAACAAAAAGGAUGUUCCUGUUUCGGUUUUUGUUCUGUUUAUUAACCGCUAGAGUGCCAAAAGUUACGGACUGCAGCGUUAACACAUUUUGGAUCAAACUGGUUUUCACUGGACGCUUUCUUUAACUUAAGUGCGACGGAUUGGAUUCGUCUCGCGUUUGAUUAUUCAUAAUAAAGACGGUCAUAUUUCUCUUUCUGGUGAACAUGAGGUCUCUGCUGAUACUAUCAGUGUUGUUGGCUCUCAUAAGGGGGAACAAGGGACAGAAACCAACAGUGAUUCUCCGGCCGAAGUUCCCUCAGGUGUAUGCUGGAGAUGACAUCACUCUGAUCUGUAACCGUGAAGGAGGGAGUAAACCAACAACAUGGUAUUUUAACGGAGCACCACAAACACACAAGGAUUAUUUAAUGCUUCUUACAGCAGUGACACCAGACAACAACGGGGUGUAUGAAUGUGAUCAGGGAGGAACGAAGAGUGACCCGUUCACACUCACUGUACUGGAUCUGGAGCCUCACGCUCAGCUCUCUCCAUCUGUUGGAGGUGCUGUGAUGACCAAAGGAGACGGAAGAAACCUGGUGCUGCAGACGGAUGAUGAUGAUCUGGAGAACUGGAUAUGUUAUGUGUUGAGGGGAGUGAGCACCUUCACUCUAGGACUCGAAAUUCAAGAGAAGAACAGAACUGUUAUAUUUGCAGAAUUAAAGGAGGCAGAAAGAGCCACUUUCUGGUGCAAGAAAAAGAAAGCAGUUCUUCGAAGCAAUUCAGUGACGCUGAAAAAGACAGAGCACAUGGUGAUGUUGGUUCCUCCGGCCGUUCCUGCGCUGGAGGGGGAGCCCGUGACCCUCAGAUGUGAAGUCUGGGGUAAACCAAAGCUGGACAAAGCCAUCUUCUAUAAGGAUAAAACACAAAUCAUGAGCUCACCUGAAGGCACAUACACCAUCACCAGCGCCACACAAAGUGAUAACGGCAUGUACAGCUGCCGCGCCACCUUCAGGUACACACACCUCAGUGCAGAAGCUCAACAGAAGGAAGGAGAUUCUGAAGCUCAAGAGUUAAAAGUUAUAGGUGGACCUCCGGCUGCAGUGAUUUCAGCGUCUGCUAACAAUCUGAAGUGUUCCUGUCCUCUCUGUCCUGCCAGCUGCACAUCCUACCACUGGUAUCACACACCCUUUAAUCACACAUACACACACAGAAAACUACCUGAAAACGAUGAGUCUAUUACCGUAGAGAAAGAAGGAGAGUACAGAUGCCGGAGGGACUGUGGGAACGGUUUCUCCCGUUUCAGCAACAUCUACAACUACACAGAACAACCACUGGAGUUCGGACCCAUGUGGUACAUCCUGGUCGCAGUCCUGAUUUUCUUUGUGAUCAUCAUUGUGCUGAUCAUAGUGCUGAAGUACAGAAGACUGAUGAGUGUACACUAUGUAGCCUAAACAGGUAAUCCCAGAUAUAGAUGAGGUUGUUUCUUUAUUGAUUUCUUCAAAUUUGAGAAAUGUAGCAUACCACCAGUGUCUCAUCAAUGGAUGCUCUGCAGUGAAUGGGUGCCGUCAGAAUGAGAGUCCAAACAGCUGAUAAAGACAUCACAAUCAUCCACAUCCAUCAGUCCAUCAGUUCACAUCUGGUGAAACAAACCCAUCAAGAUGUUUUUAACUUCAAACCAUUGUUUCCAGCUAAAAUACGACUCCAUGAUCCAUAACAUUUCCUCCGGUGAAAAAGUUCAUCUCCUGUUGUCGCUCACAUCAAAAUCCAUCCACGUAUCUGUUUAGAAAUGUUUAGGCUUGAUCUGUGCAGAUUUCUCUCCCGAUUCAGACAAGAUGACUUUUACACCGGAGAAAGAAGGAUUAUGGAUAGAGGACUCCUAUUUUAACCAGAAGCAACAGUUUGACAGUAAAAUGAUUUCUUUGUAUCAUCAUGUUUAUUUUUAGAUCUUCAUUCUACAAGUGUUUUUAUGCGAUGCUGUUGUGUUGUUUUUAAAAAGCACUUUUAAGAACUUCUCAACUAUAACAAGCGAUGCAUUUUCAGCUUUCUGUGCAUUUUCAGUGUAAUUGUGGAUGUGUGUCAAAUAAAUCAAUGCAAUGUGCUAUAUUAAACUUUUCACUGCAAUGCA